ACCACCGCACGAUACGGUCCUUUCAUUUACAGCAGUCGGAUCUUUUCCUUUUCAUUAGUAACAGUGUCCGAGUUCCCCAGUUUUCCGUGGCCACAGUCUACGCCGCGUGUGGAGUUAAGCGAAGAGUGAACAUAGAAAAGUGGUCCUUCGAACCGGAUGUAACCGGUGGACUCUGUGUUGGACAAAAAACGGUCUCGUGGAGUGAUCUCAGGAAACCGUGGAACUCGGACAAGUGUGCAUGUGCUGUGUGAAUGUGAAAUGGACACUGAGCCUCGAAUGCCUUUGUGGACCUUGGCAUUGUCUUCAUGGACAUUGUGAUCUGAAAGCAAAUGGACACUAACUGAGUGAUUUGGUUGCAAAAGGUGUUCAUCGAAAUAGUGGUCUUCGGACAAGAAAAAUUGUACAGAGAGUGGAUAUCGUGCUGUGUUGGUCAAGCCUGCGGUGUGGUGUAUAAUAAGCAGUUCCAGCUAGAUCGCCGCGUGGUUUGAUCGCUGAUGCAUGUAUGUAUGCCUUUCAUGCCUUCCAGGUCGGUCCUAGGUGGAAUCGAAUUACCCUCUGGUCCGAUUCCACCACCGUUCUAUCUUGGAUCAGGACCGACCCAGGCAGACUGAAAAUCUUCGUCUGCAAUCGCGUCAUCGAAAUCCAAAAUUUGACGCACAACAUGGAAUGGAGAUACGUCAACACUCUCGACAACCCUGCAGAUGUCCUAUCCCGGGGACUAUUACCAAGUGAAAUAAGAAGCUGUGAAAAAUGGUGGAAAGGGCCACCGUUUCUGUGCAAUGUCGACAAGCAAUGGCCGUGUCAAGUCCAAAACACACCCGCAGAGCAGCUCCCGGAAACGAAAAAUAGUAUAAUCAACCUCACAGUCACUGAUCCUCCUGUACUGUUCCGGCUGUUCGAGAUUGAAAGUGAGUUCAGAAAAAUGCAACGGAAAAUGGCAUGGAUUUUACGAUUCAUCGACCACAUUCGACUUGGUAGCAAAAGAGAACAUCGAUACGGAGAGCUAAGCAUCCUCGAGCUGCAACAAUCAACAGUUGCCCUGACCAGCAUUACCCAGAGAGAAGCCUUUACAGAUGACUUCAAGCGCCUACAAUUUGGAAAGGUAAUUCACAGUAAAAGCAAAUUAAUCACAUUUUCUGUGUUCCUAGAAGAGUCUCAUUGCACCGUGUUGCGCGUUGGAGGGAGAAUCCCGAAUGCCACUCUCCCUGUGGAUCAGAAGCACCCCAUGGUACUUCCGCAUGGGCAUCCCUUCACCUUGGCCCUUAUCAGAUCGUACCACGUCGAAAUGCUACAUGCUCCGCAGCAAAUGUUACUUGCAGCUCUACGACGACGAUUCUGGGUUCUACAUGGUCGCAGUUCGGUACGACGAGUCAUCCGCAAAUGUGUCACCUGCUUUAAAGCGAAACCAGUUCCAAUGCAACAGUUGAUGGGCGAUCUACCGAAAUAUCGGUUGGAAGGAAGCUACCCUUUCCUCAACACUGGGGUGGAUUUUUGUGGACCAAUUUACAUCCGCCAGCACAACAAGCGAUCCACCGUCACCUACAAGGCAUAUGUAGCGGUGUUCGUAUGCUUCGCAACCCGAGCGAUACAUUUGGAGCUUGUGGGAGAUUUGACCGCCGACGCUUUUAUAGCGGCACUUCAACGAUUCAUAUCACGUAGGGGAAAAUGCGCCAAACUUUUUUCCGAUAACGGUCUUAACUUUGUCGGUAGUAAGAACAAGCUGAGAGAGAUGUACAAGAUGUUCCAGCCCAGCAGCUGA